AUGGAGCACAAAGAUGAUGAUGAUGAUGAUGAUGAUGUGUCUUUUGCCAAAUGGAUGAGCAGCUUCUGGGGUCACAGCUGGAUGGAAGAGAAUGAGAGAGGACUCCGAGACCAUCACGGAUCACAAGAUGCCAGUUACAGGAAAACCUCCCUGCCCUGCCCAUUUCCUGUGCUUCCCAGAAUCACAUCAUCUGACAGCCAUCCCAGAAGGCAUUCUCAUGAGGACCAGGGAUUUCGAUGCCAUACCCACAUGCGGGGUUACAGAAAAUGUUCAGCGGAUGACUCAUUCAGGGAGCCACUGGAAUCAAAAGGAAGAUCCCAUUCCAAAAUUCAAGCAUUUUCAGAGUCCUUUGAAGAGCAACUGUGCUUUAGAACCAGACGCUCUGUCUCUUUGGGACCUGAGAGCAGAAAGGAGAGAAAUGAAAGAGAAUGCCUGAGGAUGGAGAUGAAAUCUCGAAAGAAAAUGGAGGAAAGAAGGAACUCUAGGAAGGAAGAACACGGAGAAGAAUACAUGCUCCCUUUGUUUGAAAAAGAGCCCAAAUAGUAUUUUGUUUCCACAUCAUGACUACAGAUGCCACUGGGUUUUUUGGGUCCCCGAACGCCAGGCCAGGUGGUGGUAGCUGUAAGAGAGUGUCUACAGGUGCUGAGUGGCUGCAGUGGGCAGUGAGUGUGGCUCCCCCCAAGGUGACUCAAACUGUGCUCCAACUGACUCUGGCCUCUUAGUUGAGAGUGUGAUCAGCUUUGUUGUCCUUUUAUGGGCAUAAGUAGAAUCAAAGGUAUUUUAAUAGAAUAAGUAAUUCUUAAAAAUGUAA